AUGGGUAAAGACUUCCGAUAUUAUUUCCAGCAUCCAUGGUCCCGAUUGAUUGUGGCUUAUCUGGUGAUCUUCUUUAACUUCUUAAUAUUUGCGGAGGAUCCUGUCUCUCACAGUCAAACAGAGGCCAAUGUUAUUGUUGUUGGAAACUGUUUUUCAUUUGUAACCAAUAAAUACCCUAGAGGAGGAGGCUGGAAGCUCUUGAAAGUGCUUCUAUGGCUACUUGCAAUUCUCAUAGGACUAAUAGCUGGGAAAUUUCUAUUCCAUCAACGUUUGUUUGGUCAAUUACUUCGGUUGAAAAUGUUUCGAGAAGAUCACGGUUCUUGGAUGACUAUGUUCUUCAGUACCAUUCUCUUUCUCUUCAUAUUUUCCCACAUAUACAACAUGAUUCUCCUCAUGGAAGGAAACAUGGGAGCAUACAUUAUUACAGACUUCAUGGGCAUCAGAAAUGAAAGUUUUAUGAAAGUAGCUGCUGUAGGAACCUGGAUGGGAGACUUCGUUACAGCUUGGAUGGUCACUGAUAUGAUGCUUCAAGACAAACCAUAUCCUGACUGGGGAAAAGCAGCUAGAGCUUUUUGGAAAAAGGGAAAUAUCAGAAUAAUUUUAUUCUGGUCAGUUCUUUUCACUUUGACCUCUGUCGUAGUGCUUAUCAUCACCACUGAUUGGAUCAGCUGGGACAAGUUGAAUCGUGGAUUUCUGCCCAGUGAUGAAGUCUCUAGAGCCUUCUUGGCUUCCUUCAUCCUAGUCUUUGAUCUUCUUAUUGUCAUGCAGGAUUGGGAAUUCCCACAUUUCAUGGGGGAUGUUGAUGUAAAUCUUCCUGGAUUACAUACACCUCAUAUGCAGUUCCAGAUUCCUUUCUUCCAGAUGAUCUUUAAAGAGGAAUACCGAAUACAUAUAACAGGGAAAUGGUUUAACUAUGGCAUCAUCUUCCUUGUCCUGAUUUUGGAUCUUAAUAUGUGGAAGAACCAAAUAUUUUAUAAACCACAUGAAUACGGGCAGUAUAUUGGCCCUGGACAAAAGAUUUAUACUGUGGAGGAUGCAGAAAGCUUAAAGGAUUUGAACAGAACCAAACUAUCCUGGGAAUGGAGAUCUAAUAACACUAACCCUCAGACUAACAGAACCUAUGCAGAGGGAGAUAUGUUCUUGCAUAGCAGAUACAUAGGAGCGAGUCUUGAUGUCAAAUGUCUGGCUUUUGUUCCAAGCUUGAUAGCUUUUGUAUGGUUUGGCUUUUUCAUCUGGUUCUUUGGAAGAUUUUUGAAAAAUGAACAAGGCAUGGAAAACCAAGAUAAAAGCUACACACGAAUGAAAAGGAAAUCACCUUCAGAGCACAGCAAAGAUAUGGGAAUGACUCGAGAAAACACCCAAGCCUCUGUUGAGGAUCCCUUGAAUAAUUCCCCUUUAGUCUACAUUAAGUCAGAUUUCAAUGAAAUUGUCUACAAUUCUUCCCACGUGACCUCAGAAAACUUGAACUUGCACUUGAGUGAAGCCUGUGGCACAACAGAACCAGACCCAGCACCUGUGAUGACACCCAUAAAUUCAGUCCAAUGAGGCGAUGCCCUCUUUCCCCAAAGACAAAGAAAUGCACACAAGAGUAUACCUCCAAGGUAUACUUAUGUCUUUUUGUACAUAAGGUUUAUGUAGCAUUAGAUGGAAAAAAUAUAAC